UAGGGUUGUUUUCCUUUUUUGGGUUUGUCGUUCUCUAUACAUCCAUUCGAUUUUUUAGGGUUCUUGAAUCCAUUUCAAAGGUGAGUGAUAUACCUCUCUCAAUCUUUUCAAGAUCUACUCGAAUUUCAAUCUUCUGUUCUUCUUCCUCAGCUCUUUUUCUCCCAUUUCCCUUUUCUUUUUUUUUUUUUUUUUUUUUUGAGAUUUUAGCUGUAAGAAUUGAAUUCCAGCUCGACUUUCGGGUUUUGGUGGGUUCUAGGGCUUUUUAGGGGUUCGAAUCUGUGGCGAAAGCUUCAAGGAAGAAAUUCGAGGUUUUUUGUUGGGAUUUUCGGUUAGUCCAGCUGAAACUCGAACGAAAUGGAGGAAGUUUUCGUGGAAUGAGAAAUUUAUCUUAUUAUUAUUUAUUUUUAAUUUGGCUUCCGUUGUGGUGAUAUUUAGAAUUUUAGGUAUCUUAACCUCUUUUAAUUCCGGAAAUCGUUAGAAAGAUUUUUCAUCGAGUUUUAUCUGAUUUUAGAAAAAAAAUUAGGGUUUUUACAAUGGUUCAAACUGGUCUCUGCUGCAACUGAUUAGCGAUUUUUUGGUUUGGUUUUGUUUCUUCACUUCUAAUUUGAAGGACAUUGAGCGAAUCCGCCUAAGUUUUGUUGUGUCUUAAUUUUAACAUCGUAUAUCAGAGAAUUUUUUAUGAUAAAAAUUGCUGAAAAUUUUGAAAAAGGGCCCUUUGUAGAGAAACCAUGGACGAAAAAAAAGGUUUUUGAUCUUAUUUGAAGUAUCAUGGGUUGGAAAUCUGGAAAUUGGGAGCUUCUUUUUUCUGCCAAGAAUCACUGAAAAUAGUGGAAAGGUCCAUCCCUUGAUGAUCUAGUGUUUGUAAGGAAAAAAAAUAAAUCCGGAAACAUGGUAUCAAGAUCGUAUUCUAAUCUCUUAGACCUUGCUGGCGAGUCAUCUCCAUCCUUUGGCCGUAUAGCACGUCGAAUACCCCGCGUAAUGACGGUUGCAGGCAUCAUCUCUGAUCUAGAAGAUGAUGAUGGCAGCACCACUUCUGAACCUUCUUCGUCCCACCCUCGUGAUCGCACCAUCAUCGUCGCGAACCAGCUCCCCAUCUGUGCCCAACGGAAGGCUGAUAACAAAGGGUGGACUUUCAGCUGGGAUGAGGACUCCCUCCUCCUCCAGCUGAAAGACCGGCUUGCGGAUGACGAUGUUGAUGUUGUCUAUGUCGGCUGCCUUCGCCAAGAAAUACACCCUAAUGACCAAGACGAGGUCUCCCAGAUCCUCCUUGAGACCUUCCGUUGUGUCCCUGCCUUCAUUCCUCCUGACCUUUUCGGUCGGUUUUACCAUGGGUUCUGUAAACAGCAGCUGUGGCCACUGUUUCAUUACAUGCUUCCUCUAUCACCUGACCUUGGUGGGCGCUUCGACCGGUUGCUAUGGCAGGCCUAUGUCUCGGUUAACAAGAUCUUCGCCGACAAGAUUUUGGAAGUGAUAAAUCCAGAAGAUGAUUUUGUGUGGGUGCACGAUUACCAUCUGAUGGUGCUCCCAACAUUCCUGCGGAAGAGGUUCAAUCGGGUGAAGCUUGGGUUCUUCCUCCAUAGCCCGUUCCCAUCGUCAGAAAUAUACAAGACUCUCCCUGUCAGGGAAGAGCUCUUGCGGGCGCUGUUGAAUUCUGAUCUGAUCGGAUUCCACACAUUUGAUUACGCCCGACAUUUCCUCUCCUGCUGCAGUCGUAUGCUUGGGCUCACCUAUGAAUCAAAGCGGGGGUACAUCGGUCUCGAGUAUUAUGGCCGAACUGUUAGCAUUAAGAUUCUUCCUGUUGGUAUCCACAUGGGUCAGCUUCAGUCAGUCCUAAGCCUUCCGGAAACUGAAGCUAAGGUAGCUGAGCUUAUUAAGCAGUUUGGUGAUCAGGAUCGGAUAAUGUUACUCGGCGUCGAUGACAUGGAUAUAUUUAAGGGAAUUACAUUGAAGCUCUUGGCAAUGGAGCAGUUGCUUGUGCAGCAUCCAGAGUGGCGGGAAAAGGUGGUGUUAGUGCAGAUUGCCAAUCCAGCUAGGGGCAGAGGAAGAGACGUGAAGGAAGUGCAGGCGGAGACAUAUUCGACAGUGAAACGGAUUAAUGAAACCUUUGGAAAGCCCGGUUAUGAACCGGUAGUUUUGAUUGAUAGGCCACUUCAAUUUUACGAGCGUGUUGCUUAUUAUGUAGUUGCUGAUUGUUGUCUGGUGACGGCGGUUAGGGAUGGAAUGAAUCUCAUCCCCUAUGAAUACAUCAUUUCCCGGCAAGGGAAUGAAAAAUUGGAUAUGGUCUUGGGUUUGAGCCCGUCUACUCCUAAAAAGAGCAUGUUGGUGGUCUCAGAAUUUAUCGGCUGUUCACCAUCACUAAGUGGAGCCAUACGAGUGAAUCCAUGGAAUAUUGAUGCGGUGGCAGAUGCCAUGGAUUAUGCCCUUGAAAUGCCUGAGCCGGAGAAGCAGCUACGGCAUGAGAAGCAUUAUAGGUAUGUCAGUACACAUGAUGUGGGUUAUUGGGCACACAGCUUUCUGCAAGAUUUGGAAAGGACUUGCAAGGAUCAUGUGAGGCGGAGAUGUUGGGGUAUCGGAUUCGGGUUGGGGUUCAGGGUUGUGGCGCUUGAUCCUAAUUUCAGGAAGCUUUCAAUGGAGCAUAUAGUUUCUGCAUACAAGAGAACAAAAAUCCGAGCCAUUCUUCUAGACUAUGAUGGUACCUUGAUGCCGCAGGCAUCGAUUGAUAAAAGCCCAUGCUCUAAAUCGAUUGAAAUCUUAAACAGCUUGUGCAGGGACAAAAAUAAUGUUGUCUUUCUUGUUAGUGCAAGAAGCAGAAAUACUCUUAGUGAAUGGUUUUCUUCUUGUGAGAAGCUAGGAAUUGCAGCGGAGCAUGGCUACUUUCUAAGGCUCAAGCGAGAUGCAGAAUGGGAAACAUGUGUGCCUGUGGCAGAUUGUAGCUGGAAACAGAUUGCGGAGCCUGUCAUGAAGUUGUAUACUGAAACUACAGAUGGUUCAACAAUUGAAGACAGGGAGACGUCGUUGGUCUGGUCAUAUGAAGAUUCCGAUCCAGACUUUGGAUCUUGCCAAGCUAAAGAGCUUCUUGAUCAUCUUGAGAGUGUUCUCGCCAAUGAGCCGGUUUCUGUUAAGAGUGGUCAGCACCUCGUCGAAGUUAAGCCACAGGGUGUGAGCAAGGGGCUUGUGGCUGAACGCCUUCUUUCAACUAUGCAAGAGAGGCAUAUGUUGCCGGAUUUUGUUCUCUGUAUUGGGGAUGACAGAUCUGAUGAAGAUAUGUUUGAAGUGAUUAGCAGUGCUGUCUCCGGUCCUUCCCUGGCUCCCAUAGCGGAAGUUUUUGCAUGCACAGUCGGUCGCAAACCUAGCAAGGCCAAGUAUUAUUUGGAUGAUACUGUGGAGAUAGUUAGAUUGAUGCAGGGCCUGGCUUCUGUUUCGGAACAAGCAGCUGGAAAUUCGCUCCACAUCUCAUAGAACUUGCAGUUGAUCACAUAUGGCAAGAUGUGAGGUGCAUUCUUUACUGCUUCAUCUGCUCUCUGUUGUACUCCUGUAAGCUGAGCAGCUGAAUGAUCCUUGUUUGCUUCUUGUUUAUCUUUUUGUAAAUUAAGCUAGUAGCGUGGGAGAGUUGUGUCAUUAGAUACUUUUGUUGUGCUUGAUCUCUACCUGAUACACUUGUAUAUAUCCCACUUACACCAUCAAUCUUAAACUUCUUGUUCUCA